AUGCCGCCAGCGUGGGACCUCACCCGCCCCGCGGCUAACUCAGCCUCCCCUCCCUCCAACCCAUCCGACACCUUAGCUGACGUGGAGGCGCGGUAUUGGUCGAAGCGGCGGUCACAUGCACUGGUGCCGGCAUUCCCAGCAGUGCCAUUUGCAGCGGAGCACAGUGCAGAGUACUGGCUCACGCUCUCCCUGCUCUCAGGCACGGCUCCCUCCGUGCACCUCGUGUCGCACGCGCGCGACGCCGACGUGGUGUUCCUCCCGGUCUUCUCCUCGCUGCUCGCCUUUAGCUUCAAUGCGACGCCCACCAACCCCGCUGCGCUGUUGUUGGCGUUGAAACCACCUGACGGGACACCUGAUGGGUCGGGAGUGCAUGACGUGGCAGCAGCAGGGAGGUUAGCCCCGGUGUUCAUGAAGCCGCAUCUGAGCGAGGAAUUUAGUCAUCUCCUCGAUAGCCUCACCAAAUGGCUGCAUGCUCUAACUGCCAGCAUCAGCAGCAGCAUAAGCAGUGGCGGGAAGGCAGUGGCACAGCCGCGAGUGGUGCUGCCAGUGAGCAUGCCUCGCGCUCUGCCUGCCUUCCACGGCCUCCUCCCCUCCCUCUGCACCCUCACCACUGACUUCUCCUUCUCACCGCUGCAGGAUCUGAAUUUCAUGAAGGAUGUGAUUGUACCGUAUGCGCCACUAGUGGAGCCUUAUCCGGACGACCCUGGUCGCUGGUCUGAUCGCACAACUUUGCUUUAUUUCCGCGGUUCAACAGAAGUCUUCAAUAAUGGCAGGGAACUGCGUCGAAGCUUAGCAAAGCUGUUUGAAGUGCCGCAGUGGAAGCAAGGGGUGGUGUUUGAGGCGGUGGAGCGGGGGGAUGAGACCGAGGUGACGGUGGAGGAUGUGCAGGCCAUGCAGCAUGCCAUGCGCCACAGCCGCUUCUGUCUUGUGCCUGAAGGCAACACGGUGUCAUCCUCUCGCCUCUUCAACGCCAUGGUGAGCGGGUGCAUACCAGUGGUGGUGAGCGACAGCAUCCUGCUGCCCUUCGAGGACCUCAUUGACUUCACGCGCUUCGCCCUCUUCGUUCCCUCCCACCUCGCCACGCGCUCCGGCUACCUGGCAUCCGUGCUGCGAUUGGACGAGAGCAAGUGGAGAGCCAUGUGGGGGGAGCUGCGACAGGUGCAGCGGCAUUUCAUAUUUGGAAGUCCGGCAGUGGAGGGCGGGGCGGAGGACAUGGUGUGGCAGGCACUGCUGCGCAAGCAGGCCAGGGAGGCUGCCGCGAGGGAGAGAGCCGCGAUGAUGACAGGCAUGCUGGCUGCUGUGGGGCUCAAUGGCAGUGCAUGGCGGGUGAGGGAGCGAGGGGACUUCACUGCCAGGCAGAUGGCGGAGGAGAGGAAAGGUGCAGCCAGGAAUAGACGUGAUUAG